CGACAAUGGAGCAACAAACUGCAGGCCCUCCAGCCUCUGCUGUCUGAUAGGUUUGCUCCCCGCGACGGUUUCGUCACCACGUACAGUGCCGCGAGCCAAAACUUCCCAGAGAGGACACUCGUCGGCUACCUCGAUCCAACUUUCUUCCCUCAUCAAACCCAAGCAAUCUCAACAAACCACAACACUUCAACAUGUCGUCAAUCGUCAACAAGGUCAAGGACGCUCUCAACCCUGACAAGUCUCACGGCAGCGAAGGCACCCACGGCACCCAUGGCACCCAGGGCACCCACGGCGCCCGUGAGGGCGAGUACGGCUCCUCAACUGGAGGCUACACCCAGGGCCCCGGCCAGACUGCGGGCGGCGUAGGCAUCGGCCGCAACGCCGGCGCCAGCUACAACGAGGGUUACACCGGCACCACCGGCGCCACCGGCAACGUCCGCGAGGGCGAGUACGGCCCACACAGCACGCGUCUCGGUAACGCCGCCGACCCGCGCGUCGACUCCGACCUCGACAGCUCCCGCACUACCGGCCGCCACGCCGGCGCCGCCGGUGCCGGUGGCCUCGGCACAAGCGGAGGCGGGAUCGGAUCCCACGCCGGCUCCGGAGCCGGCUACGGCGGCGUGGGCACAGGAGCGGCCCCCGCCAGCUACGGCGCAGCAGGCUACGGCGGUGCGGGUGCCGGCAGCGGCGCCACCGGCAUUGGGGGCACGCAAGGCGCAUCGACGGGCACAUACGGCCAGCAGGGCACGCGCUUCGAGUCUGACCGCGACGGGCGCACGGCCUACGCCGGCGGCGCACCCGGACCCGCGCCCGGCACGGCGGGCCCCCACAAGAGUGACUUGCUGAACAAGGCUGACCCGCGCGUCGACUCGGACCAGGACGCCAGCAGGACCCUUGGCAGCAACAGGACGUACCAGACAGGCCGCGAUCCCACAGAUGCCUCGCAGGUACCGCCCUCGGUGCUGCGCCGCCACCUCGGCGACCCGUCCAUCGAGCACGGAGACCGGGCCCAUGACCGCGCGCGUCGGAACAGUGUGGCUACCGAUCAGGAGGCGUUUAGGGGGAUCUGAAAUGGGUUUUCCUUUGUUUGAUUGUGGACUUGAAAAAAACAAGAAAUCAUCUUAGUUAAAUCAAUGUCUUCGUAGUUAAUGUCCUUUUUCUCCUUGGGCACGUCGGGCAAUGGAAAUUUAGUAUCGGCUUGUUGCACGGGUCGAUGCAGGAUUGUCCUCUGGGUCUUCAUCCUGCCUCUCUGUAUUAAGAUGAGAAAUAAAUUUCCCCGUAUCUGCAACUUAAAUACCAGCAAUCCUGGUACCAUAUAUUUGUGACGAAGCUUUCAUAAGAGUGAAGAUAAAAUAAAAAAUGGGCAUUAUAUAUGGAGACACUGGGCUUGUCCAGGGUCCAGACGACCCAUCUAUCUACAUGCCAUUGAGUUAGAAAAU